AUGCGUGUCUUUUGGGCUCUUCGAGCGCUCAUUUCCCAAACGGGAAGUCGAGAGCAACGCCGGCGAUCAUGUCUGUGCAAAAGGUCUGGCUGUACCUUUACACGGGCUACAUGUUCCUCUUCGUGCUGUGCGUGAGCGUCGUCCUCCGCGUCGUUCACGUGCUUUCGCCAGCCCUGGCCAAGAAGGUGGUCAUGAAACUGAACGAAAAUACUUCGAUGAACAAGAAUCCAAAUUUCACCUAUGACGACUGGGGGCCCACGUUCUUCACGUUUAAGUUUGUCAAAACCGCGUUGGAACACAUGUGGGUGUCCCUGGGUCAGAAGGCGUUCGUGGGGGAACCAGCCCCGGACUCGCCCGUGGUCACCAUGGAUAAGCGCGAGAGCAGCAUCUGUAACUUCCUCAAAGGUUCAAGGCCUCUGGUGCUGAACUUUGGAAGUUGCACCUGACCCCCAUUCAUGUUCAAGAUGGACCUGUUCAAGCAGCUCAUCCUGGACUUCGGCGACAUAGCUGACUUUCUUGUCGUGUACAUCGAGGAGGCGCACUCAAGUGAUGGUUGGGCCUUCACCAACAACGUUCAAGUAAGCAAGCACCAGACCCUGGAGGACAGGAUUGCUGCGGCGCAGAUCCUCUUGAAGGAAGAUCCACUUUGUCCCGUGGUGGUGGACCAAAUGAGCAACACGGCCUCCGCUGAGUACGGCGCGCUGCCCGAGAGGCUCUACGUGCUCCACAAAGGCAAAGUCCUCUACAAGGGGGGCAUGGGGCCUUGGGGCCACAAACCACAGGAGGUCCGCUUGGUCUUGGAGAAGCUCAAGUAGGAAGGAAGACAAGUAGACUUGUUUUUUAUUCAAGAGCCACUAAUACUUACUAAACACCAUUUUCAUAGUGAGCUUGUUCGUCUUUGCCCAUCUGAUGCGUUGCCCCCGGCAACACACACACACACACACAUACACACACUUGCGUGACGUCUGAAUUCAUCUCAACUGGUCUGUGUUUCUUAGUGACGGCUACAGAUCAAACCUUCCGGUCUCUGUGGCUUGAUAAAAUGAAAUGUAAACUUUUGAGAUGAACUCUCAGCCGUGACCAAGCGAUUUAAAGCGAUCGAUAAAUCGAUCGGAUUUGAACUCGGUUGUUAUUACCGUAAGCGCUUUUGGAAAUUGGCUUCAGUGAUUUUAACAGGAAGGACUGCAAUUAUCAUCAAAACAGACGAUUACAUGACGAUUAUGGCACAAACCUCCGGUCGCUGUAAUUUGAAGGCUUCCAAGUUGCCUCGUCUGUGACCGAUCGAUGUCAACCAUAUUUCUUCGAUUACAGUCUCGCAAUAAAAGCUUCUGUUUCCAGUUUCA